CAGGUGGAGAGUGACAAGUGUCGAGACCGACCUCCUGCCAAGUGACACUCGAGGUUGACUGCCUGGUGGAAUACUCGGAGGGAACGAAACGAGGGAACGAAACGACGCCUUCGGGAAAUUUCGGACCAGAAUCUGGUCGGCCUCGAGCGUCGCCCGCCGGACCGCAGAGCAUCGCCGCCCCAAGGGUCCUGCGCCGCUUGCACACGCGGGAAACGCCGCCCUCGGGCCGCCACACUCGCCCUCUCCAAGACGCCCCGAGGAUGACCGACCUGCGGCAGACGAGGCCGAGGCGCAGCUCGUAGAGAUGGGCGCGCAGUUCGCCCGAGAGCGCAGCCCGAGCAAACCGCCACAAAUGCUGAGCUAGAGGAAGUCCCCCGCAGGCAGCCCAGCACGCAAAGACGCACGCUGUUGCUUGCGUGGGCGUGAGGGCGUACCCACUCUUUCAAGCAACAUAUUAUCCCCGGACCUACACUACGACGGUGGGCGGCAUGUCGGCGGGGUGCUUGGGGCGGCCCCUCCCAACCUACCCCCCGCCGCCCGCAGACCACAGCGCCGCUAACCUCUGGGACAUCACCUCCACAGGUACGGCAGCGGCAGCGUGGGCGGCUCAGGGAAGAAGGUGAGGCGGCGAGUGCCCACCCUGGCCCAGCGGAGGGCGGCCAACGUCAGGGAGAGACGCCGCAUGUUUAACCUGAACGAGGCUUUCGACAAACUCAGACGGAAGGUACCCACCUUCGCCUACGAGAAGCGGCUCUCACGCAUCGAGACCCUGCGUCUGGCCAUCACCUACAUCUCUUUCAUGACGGAGCUGCUCGCAUCGGAGCACGAUGAACCACGAGUACACGGAGCUCACCCUGGUCAAGCGCUGCCCCCCGUACCCCACGCAGCUCACCGCCACGUAAGCCGGAGCGCCGCGAUCAUACACACCUCCACUCUCUCGUCUUCCAUUCUUGCCUAAGGCUGCUCUACUGCUGGCGUGCUGCGGAGGCGCCCGUCGCCCUCCAGGUUAUGGGCAAGGUCUCUGCUGCGCGAGCCUCCGGAUUGCAAGCAAGGUCUCUGCUACAGGGGCCUCCGGAUUAAUUACAAGCAAGAUCCACGCUACAAUUGCCUCCGGAUUGCAGGCAAGGUCUCUGCUACAAGGGCCUCCGGAUUAAUUACAAGCAAGAUCCAUGCUACGAUUGCCUCCGGAUUACAAGCAAGGUCUCUGCUACAAGGGUCUCCGGAUUAAUUACAAGCAAGAUUCAUGCUGUAAUUGCUCCCGGAUUACAAGCAAAGUCCCAAUUACAUGGGCCGGCCAGCGUGCACACUCGUCUCCUGUACUUUAACCCCCGAUGGAUGUAACGCAGACUUGUAAAUACUCAUGAAUCUACAUUGCGUAACUGCCCGGGGCCAAAGCAAGCUCUCCAGUUGCCCAUCUGCCACUACUCUACUCUGUGUGCUAAACAGAAACUAGUUUUAAGUCACUUACACUCCGCCCAGUCUCAGGAAAGGAAGAACUGGCAACUCACCCCAGGCUCUGUAAUACUCCGACUCAGCAAAUCUCUCUUGAGAAAAAAAUAAGAUAAAUAAAUCGAUUUAAGAUAAUAAAAAAAAAUGCUAAAUACGUUUCAAAAUAUGCCAAAACUAUUUACACACGCCGUUAAACAUCAGCUGAUCGGGAUAAAUAAGCAAACUUUGCGAAUCGGAGUAAUUCAAAACCUGACGUGAGUUGCCAGUUGUUUUUUUUUUCUUUCAUUCCUUUCCUGAGACUGGACGCACUGUAGGGUAGAUGGAAGAAAAUUCCAGAGUAUACUUUGCUUCUCGUGAGCUUAGAGUGAGGCCGAAGCAGCACUAUGGCGCUUGUCAUUAUGUGGACUCCGUAAUGUUAAGACAGCAAGCAAGUCUUUGUACAAAUUUGAAUACAACAAAUCGAAGUCUUCCAGUAACGUCUUCCAUUCAGUACUUAACAGUAUAGCCGAUUGCAGGUGAAAUACAUCGAAGUCCCUCAAUAUACAUUAAUUCAAACUGGUGCGAUGCAGCGUAAUCUUCAUUUACAAUAUAUUUCACUCCGCUGCAAAGUUUUGCAUCCAUUUAAAGCUUUUUUUCCCAACUGAAAUGAAAAGUUUCAAACUAGGCCUAUAUACAUGUAAAUAUCGGUAAAAAGUAACGCGAAUUAAACAAGCAGUAAAUUUUGCAUCGUAUGAAGAUUUCCUGAAAAUUAAAUCUGAAAAGUUACGUAAAUAUCAGAUAU